AUGGAUCCGGCGGGUCUGCUACCCGGCGACGUGCUCGCGGACGUCCUCCGGCGCCUGAUGCCGCGCAGCCUCGCCGCCUGCCGCUCCGUCUGCAAGGAGUGGUGCGCCGCCGUCGACGCCCACGGCCUGCUGCGCAAGGACCUCCUGCCGCUCUCCCUGGCCGGCAUCUUCGCCGUCUACAACUUCGUUGACGGCUAUCACCUUCCCCCGGCGUUCCUCUCGCGCCCCUCUGUCGCGGGCAAGAUCCAAGGUAACCUCAGCUACCUCGACGACGUCCACGAUGAGUGGUCCCACAUUAUGGGUCACUGCAACGGCCUCCUCCUCCUCUGGGGAGGCGUGGCCAAUCCGGCCACGCGGCAGUGGGCGUGUUUACCGCGUCAUCCUGAUCGGACAGCGACCAAAGGCUUCAUCAAACGCGACUUCCUCGCGUACGAUCCUAUGGUCUCGCCACACUUUGAGGUGUUCUUCAUGCAGUGUGUUCGCCGCCGGUCCAAGAACGAGGUCGCAUUGGACCUUGCAAACCCAAACUCAGAGUGGCCCCCAUCGCCCUACACCAUGAGCGCAUUCUCGUCAGAGACAUGGCUGUGGGAGGAGAGAUCUUUUAUUAGAGAAGGGAUGGCUCCACGGUCCAUCGACCCCAAGCUACUACCACUCAUGAAAAACGUGUUGUUCCCUCGUGAUGCUGUGUAUUGGCGGGGCCGGCUCUAUGUGUACAACAUAUUUUUUGUUAUCAGAUUGGAUUUAGGGGAUAAUAAGUACCGAGUAAUUGAACUCCCCCCGAUUAGUGAAGCACGCGGAGAUAUUAUGCCUCAUUUGGGAAAAUCCGGGAAUGGCGUUUACUAUGGAUUCGUCGGUGAUUGCUGCAAACUUCAGAUUUGGUUUCUUAAUGAAUCAAUUGAUCACACCGAAUGGAUGUUGAAGCAUGAGAUUGGCCUCAAGCCGUUGCUAGAAAAUUUUCCUUGGGAACACAGUCAUGGCUCUUGGUUCGUGCAAGGUUUGAGGGAUAACAAUGAUGAAACACUUGACAGAGAGAAACUGGAAUGGGAUUCAGACAACGAUGAUGCCACUACUGCUUCUGCCACUGAAGUUAGUGUUCAGAAAAAGUUCCAUAAAUACAUUUCAAGGAUACUUGGAUUUCAUCCUUACAAGGAGAUUAUCUUUUUGCACAUAUCGGAUACAAGAGUAGUGGCCUACCAUCUUAAGAACUCCAAGGUUGAGGAUUUGGGGUGCUUACCCGUAGAUGGUGAUGAUUGGAUACAAUCGUCCUGUGUAUACACGCCUUGCUGGAUAGAGAGCUGCUUGAGAGCAAAUAAUGUAGAACCCAAUAGUGAGCUCUAG